AUGGGGCGGUCCAGGAGCCGUAGCCGCGACCGAUACGAGUACAGGGGACGGCGGGACGGACGCGAUGAUGGGCGUGACAGGGAUCGUCACGAUAGAUACGACAGGCGAGACAGAUACGACGAGCGCAGGAGGGACAGGCGCGAUUCGCGGGACCGGGAUCGCGGCUACAGGGACAGGCCCGACCGUCACCGCAGCCGCAGCAGGAGCCGCGACCGGGGGCACCGCAGCGACCGCUACAGAGGUCGGGAGGAUUCCGAUCGGCGGGACAGCCGGCGGCGCGACGACGACCGCCAGCGCCGCUCCCGCACCCGCAGUCGCAGCCGCAGCCUCCCGCGCGGGCACGACAGCGGCGCGGACCGCCGCCGAGACGGCUCCCGGAGCCCGGACGUGCGCGCUGCGGCGCCUGGGCCGCCCGAGGACCAGCCGGGUCGCGUGGCGGUGCCGCUGAAAGCGCCGGUCGUUGGACCUGCUGUCAAGGAGGGGUUCUUCGGGGGCGCGGAGGAGGACGAGAGUGCGCCGCAGCCGACGUUCGCGCACGCACGGGCCAGCUACAAGCCGUCGUGGGUCCCCGGCGCGGACGACGCGGCGGGCGACGCCGGCGCGCCCGACGCCGCCCCAUCGCCGGGCGCGGAGCCGGACAACGGCGCCGCAGACGAUGACGAGGAGGACCCGCUUGACGCCUUCAUGGCGGCGGAGGUCGCGCCGGACAUCAAAGCGAAGGAGAAGGCCGAGGCCGAGGCGCGCGAGGCGGAGCGGCGGCGGCUCGCGGAGGAGCUCAAGCGCGGCGGGAAGCGGUUGCGCGGGGUGAUCGACGAAGACGACGGGGAGGAGGACCCGGACGCGAACCCGGACCGCGAGAUCGAGGUGCCCGCGAACAAGGUCAAGGCGAUCGUCGGGCCCGGCGGCGCGCACAUCCAAGAGAUUCAAAAGCGCACAGGUGCGCGUGUGCAGAUCAAGAAGUCGGAGGAGGACCUGUACGGGGAGAAGGCGUGGUUCGGGGCGAGCGGGGUCGGCGCGGGCGCGGGGGGGCUGGACGCGAAGGCGCGCGCGAGUCUCCAGAAAAUCAAAGCGCAGAUCCGCGGGGAGGGGGGGGAGUCCGGGGGCGCGGCUGAGGAGGGCGAGGGGGCGGGGCGGAGGCGGACGUCGGUGGUGAUGCUGUUCGGGACGAAGCAGCAGUGCGACGCGGCGGCGGUGUACAUUGAAAUGGCCGUCGAGAACAAGGAGCAGAAGCAGAAGAACAGGCAGCGGCAGUAUGACAAGAAGAAGGAGGAGAAGCGGCGGAACAGGGAGCUCUACCUGCUGCGGCACAAGAACGACUACCUCGCGCUCGGCGUCCCGGUCGGUGCGCCGAAGGACGAGUGCAAGAAGGCAUACCGCAAGCUCGCCAUCAAGUACCACCCGGACAAGUGGGCGUCGCGGCCCAAGGAGGAGAUGGAGGCGGCGGUGGCGAAGUUCCAGGAGAUCCAGCGCGCGUUCGACUCCCUCAUGAGCACCGACGAGGAGGCCACCAUCGCGCAGCUCAAACACAACUGA